ACGCAGGAAGCGGAGCGUUAACCAUGCGUCCCGUAUUAUUGUUCCAGAUGGCUUUGCUGCCUAUCGUCACUGCUUCCUGGACAUCGCAGAAUGAUACCUGCGCUGCGCGUGCUCGUGGAACAAGCGGAAACUUCGCCCAUUUGGCAAUCAGUUGGACGUCAGGCAUCCUACAAGAUACCGGCAGCGCAUGCGUCACAUCGGCCAGUCCCGAACCUAUAAAGGAGCAGCUCCAACACGGAUUCCUCAGUGGGCUCGGCGAAAACGCAGGAAGCGGAGCGUUAACCAUGCGUCCCGUAUUAUUGUUCCAGGUUAGUUGUGUUCACUCAUACCGCAGCGAUGAAAGAGGCGUUGUUGUUGUGCCGUGCCCACGGACUUUGAUUGCAUUAGCCUACGAGUGUUAUCAUGUGUGCAAAUUGUUACUUUACGUUGAUACAAGGCCAAAGGCUAUUAGGGAUGAUCUGGCAGAGCUUAAAAAGCGGUUGGAAGACGCCGAAAAAACCGUCAAUGCAUUCUCGACCCGAAUGGCCCACCUUGAAACUAAUGUCAGUGAAAUAGCACAUAAAGUAGACAAUUGCGAAAUCCUUAGCAAUUCUGUUGAAAAACUUCAACAAACACUCGUAUUGCAACAGGCUAAACUUGUAGAACUGGAAGAUCGGAGUCGGAGAUCUAAUCUUGUGGUUUUCGGCAUAGAUGACCGAACAAAUGAAACUGAGGCUGAUCUGCGACAGAAAGUAAUCAAGGAUGUGUUCGAGGACAGACUUGGUGUAAAGUGUUUGUCUAUUGCUCGGAUACAUCGCCUGGGAAAACAUCCUGGAAAGCGACCUGUAAUCCUGUUUUUUCAAAAUUAUAUGGAAAAACAAGAAGUGCUACGCAACUGCAAAAAGCUUAAGGGAACGCAGAUUUCCGUGCAAAAUGACUUCUCUGUCGAAACAUUAAGAAAACGAAAACUGUUGUGGCAAAGUGCUAAAGCUGAUAAAGAACAAGGAAAGAAGGUCGCACUAGUGAACGAUAAACUUCGCAUCGAUUCCCAAUUCUACGCAUGGGAUGACGUUUCGAACACACGUGUUGUUGUCCGAUCCGGGAAAGAUCCUACACCAAGAGCGUAGCUUUCACAGUCUACUCUUAAGAAUCUUCGUGUGCUCUCUUUUAACGCCAGAAGCAUUGUGAACAAAGUGGAAAAACUAGAAAUAUUGCUUUUGACUUACGACCCUCAUGUGGUUGCUAUCACUGAGACGUGGUUGCAUGAUGGCGUACACGAUGAUGAAGUUAUUCCGCCCGGCUAUCAGAUACACAGGCGUGAUCGAGGCACACGUGGCGGAGGAGUUGCUGUCAUUUCUAAACUCGGUAUUGAUGUAUGUCUGACAAACCAGAUUAAUGAUCACGAAAGCCUGUUUCUGAACGUCACUGUUAAUGCUGUUACAUUUAUGCUUUGUGUUGUUUAUAAAGCCCCUGAAAUGUCAGAAUCAUUUCUCGAACAACUUUACGAUCAUCUUCUUCUAAAACACCCACGACACGUGAUUAUUACAGGAGAUUUCAACCUUCCAGCUAUUAAAUGGGAUAAAUUAGUUUACGGGCAAUCUAAAUCGAGUGAUGUUAUUUUAGACACAAUGCUAGCUCUGAACCUUGAUCAGAUUGUCUGUGAACCUACGCGCAACAGUGCUGUCUUGGACUUAUUCUUUGUAAGUGAUAUGUUUUUAAAUGGUGUUAUUAGUACUGAACCUGGCAUGUCGGAUCACAGCUUAUUGUUUUUUUCUUGGUCUUAUCGAAGGUCCGCAGAGCAUUCGAGUACUCAUUCAGUGUGUAUUAAGGACUUUGACCGCGCUGAUGAUACAUCUAUCACAGAUUACUUAGACACUGCACUAAACCACACUACACAUGAUGAUGUUAAUGCCUUAUGGGCACAAUUUAAAAAGGCAGUCAUAUUCUCAAUUGAACAAUAUGUCCCAUUCCGGAAGGUACGUAAGAACCGUAAAAACCCAUGGAUCUCUAGGGAGAUUAUUCAUAUUAAACGUAGACUCAAGCGACUUAGAAAGCGUAGAGACGUAAUACCUGAGAACUUCAAUGAACUGAAAAGAAAU